AUGGAGCGCGAUCGGGGCCCGCGGGCCUCGGCGGUAGAUCUGGGCUUCGGGGCGCUCAGCACCGCGCAACUCCGCGCCCUCAUGCGGGACGAAACCUGGCUCGAGCGCAUCGUCAAGCUGAGCAGGAAGUUCCAGAACCUGCAGCUGGAGCGGGAGGUGCACCUAGCUUCCAACUAUAACCUCGCCAAGCAAAAUUUGGGCUUGCAGCCUCGGCUAGAGAAUGGCAAAGCUUCCCUCGCUAUCAAAUACCAGGAGUUGCAGGAGCUACGGGAAACCUGUCAUGACAAACAGCAGCGCUUGGGAGCGUGUAUGGCAAAGUGGACUCCAGAGAACGCGCUGAGCAGGCUACAGGCUGAACUGGAGAACGUAGAGGCCAAAGUGGAGGAACAGAUGGAGCAGUUCCUAUGUUGGGAUCUCCCCAUUGAGAGCUUUGUGGAGUCUUUCCAGCACAGCCGCAUGCUCUCCCAUCUUCGUCGCACUCAGCUGGAGAAGUUGCAGGAGAUCCUGAAGGUGGAGAAGGCAAAAACUCCUGAAAAGCCAAGCCCGAGUUGUGAAGAGGAACAGCCCGCAGUCUCCCCAGCACUUCCAACUCCUCCUCCACCUUCGGCUCAAGCGGCCCCGGCUCAGAAUAAUGGGCCACCUCCUAAGGUCUUCCAGCUCCGCUUGGCACCGGCGUUCUUGAUCCCCUCAGAGGCUGUGCUGCCCAUCCCCAUGACGGCAGCCCCUCAGAAGUGCUGCCUGCCCACUCUGGCCACCUCGCACUCCACCACUAACUUUGUGAGCUCUCCCUUGAGUCUGAUUGGGCACAUCCAUUUGCCCCAGGCACACCUGCCUCACCAGCAGAAGAAGAAAGAGCCACCGCAUCGGUAG